AUGUCAUACACCAUAGAUAUCACCAGACGUCAGCGAGAUGCGAUGCUGGUCUACCUUGAACAUGCGAACCCGAGAACCAUAACUGGUACCUUCUCAGCAGGCUGGACUUCAUGCCAUGGCGAAACGCGCUCUAGAUCAAACUUGACCUUCCACAUCGGCCUCAAUUACAACAGUGGGACCCGUCUUUACCAGACUUGUAUCCAGGCCACCGAGCGAAACGGCAGUCGACCCGCCGUAAAUGGCACACUUAUUGAUUGGGAGACUCAGCCCCACCCGUCGUACGUACUAAGAAGAUAUCAGGACCUCUACCUGCCCGGCCGGUCCUUAGAUCCCGCAGCUGGCGGCAACGGCGGCGGUGGCGGCGGCGGCAACGGCGGCAACGGCGGCGGCAACGGCGGCGGCAACGGCGGCGGCAACGGCGGCGGCAACGGCGGUAACAAUAACAACCCGAAUCGGGCGUUCUACCCCCACAGGUCCGGCUACUGGUAUUAUUUUGAUGAGGAAACCGGGGAAAGGAAGUGGGUCGAUGCCAAUAGGCGUCCGGUCAACUACGAAGCCGCCGACCUCCCGUUGCCUCUUGUGAUCGUUUUCGAGAAGGAGGACAAGACCAGUAGCUACUACAUCCGCUCCAGCACGACCAAGGACGGUAUCGUCACGUCUGAGCAUGUUGCUGUCAAGGUUGAGACGGCCGCCGACGACGCCAAAGCGAAGUACCAUUACAGCUGGAACUUUGCCAUGAUUGGCGGGGUGAAAACGGUUGUUGCCUAUGGCCCCAACCUGAAGGAAAGGAAGAGUGCGGCUGCUUCUGCUGCUCCUGCUGCUGCUGCUGCUGCUGCUGCUGCUGAACAUGACAAGAAGAGCGACCCGAAAGCCACGGGCAAGGCUGCUCCUGCGGCAGCCCCGCCCGCCGCGAGAGCCCCCCUCGGCGUCGUGGACCGCAAUGCUGUCAGCAAUCCUAAACCGCCCGCGGCGAAGACCGCUUCGGCAGCUGUCUCUACUCCCUUGCCGCCAGCCCACAAUGUUAAUACGGCCAGCCACUAA